AUGCGGCCCGGGAGGUUGGGGCUGAAGGGGCGAAGGAAGACAAGAAAGGGGAGCAGGGUCCUCCCUGAAAAGAGGGACCCCUCCCGUCUCCAAGAGGUGAGGUGGGUUUCCCUCGCUGUCUUUUUUCCUGUGGCGUCUUCUUAGAGGGAUUUUAAAGAUAUAUAUGAACACAACUUGGGGGGGGGAUGUUUACUUACACCUGCAUUUUCCUCCGACAGCCUCCCCUUGGCUGGAAUGUCCCCCCCAGCUUGCCCAGUGGGUCCAGUUCCUUCUCCUCCCUGGACGGGAAGCGACUCCUGCGGUUAAAUCUGACCGGCUCCCAUCCACUUUGCUGGCUGCUUCGCAGCUGCCCCACCAAGGAAAUCCGCAGCUCUUCCUCGCCCCGAAGGAGAAGCUAAGGAAGAGGACGAGAAUGAAGAAGAUGGUGGUGCUGGCGACGAUGGAGGGGGGAAAAAUCAAGGCUCAAAAAAGGCUUCCCGGUCUCGGAGCUGCGCAGGGCACUGGUCGAAUUUCCCAGCCGAUCUCCAUGUACAGCUACAUGUUUAGGGCAGCUCGGGUUAAUAUAUGUCGUCAGAGGCUCUCCGGGCCAAUCCGGGCAGCCGGGAGGCGGGGCCUCCCUCUGCGGGCCAUAAAACUUUUUUUGAUCUUCGCGCUGCUAAUUGUUCGGCUUCUCUUUUAGGAUUGGCUGCGGUUCCUAUCCAUAAUAUAAUUAAAACAAACGAGGCAAAGGGUCCCCCCCUCCAAGCAUCAACAGAGGUUAACGCGAGGGUUUAACAACGUUUCGCUGUAAGUAUGCGGGCGUGCAUGCAUUUAUUUGGGUUGAUGAUAUGGAGAGCCAGAUGGAGGAACAGAUAGACAGGCUGAUAGAUGUAAGGACUAAAAUAGCUGAUUAUCUCAAUUAAGGUGUUCUAUGGUUCUAAGGUUUGGAAUAUACUCUGCGUGCAAUAUAAUUAUGUUAUUAUAAUUAAUGCACCCGUAUGUGAGUAUAUUUUUUAUCACUGUAUGCUUGUUUAUGAUCUUGCAAUAGGGACUGUGUUACUCACAGAGUAGUGACAGCAGUAGCGGAGAGGUGAUGGAUUAUGAAGUUACAAAUGUUUGUUGGGACUUUUUUUCAGGAUUUUUUUUUAGGGUAGUGUGGGACAAUCAGAAUAUUUUCCCCCUAAUGAAUGCCACAAUAUGCUAUCACUUGGAAGUACCCCCCCCAAAAAAAUCAAUGAGAUCCAUUUCUACCUACAAUGUAAUCGGAAUCGGUGUAACAAGGAAAAAUUCCCUGACAGUGCAAAAUGCAAUUGCAGUGGACCUUGUUAAUGAGUUUCCUCCCGCAAUUCACUUUACAGCAGACUUCUAGUUUGCUUAGGACUUAUCCGCAGUUGUCAAUCGCACUAUGUACGUAGCAAAAAUUAAACAAUCAAAAACUAGAUCGAAUCAGUUGCAAAGCGGGGGAAUUUGUUUCCUGUCUGUACAAAACAGUCCGUUGCCCAAAAGGCCAAGCACGGGGGUCGGGUGCAAGAGAGAUUUUAAGGAAUAAAUUACUUUUCAAAAGAAAGCAAUGUGAACCCGAAUCAAUUUAUUUCAGCAGUUUGGGCGUUCACACAAUCCCUGCCUGAACUCAUCUUCUCCUUCACUUAGCCAGCCCAACUGGGUAAGUAACCAAAUCUUUUUAACAGCGCGUCGUGACCUUAUUUUCUCCUUUCACCAAAAUUUAAAGAUCUGCCUGUCUUUCUCUUGUUUCACCAAUAAUCAUAAUACGGAAUAUAUCUAUCUAUAUCGAAAUGCCUAGGCAAACUUAAAGUAAAAGGGGUUUCACUUAUGAGCAGGGAGUUGUUAAAAGAGAUGUUUAAUAGGCAGGCCCGGCACAACGCCAGCAGAUAUAGGGAUAGAUUUUUGUGCUUGGGAGAUGUCGAACACAUUGUAACAGGAAAAAGGAUCCCCAACUGCAUUUCACAGAGAAACUGGUAGCUCGGAGAAAGGAAUCUGAGUACAUUCCCUGUCUCCUUCCUCCAAGAAGACUCAAUGGCUGGGCAAAAGAAUCUUUCCAGUCUUGGCAAGAGAACUGGUAGGAUUUGGAGCAGAUUAGGACGCGGUUCCAAAAUCGGAGUUCAACAAAUCACCGAUCCAGGAGAAUCCUUGGAAGGAAAUACGAUUUCUUUAUUUGUGGUCGCUUCCAUGGGCUCAAAUCCGAGCACAUCGGCUUAACUGUUUGCACAUCGCAGGCUUUUGCAAGGCCCACGGGGGGGGGGGGGAUGUUCUUGGUUUCCUGAUAUUUUGAGAGAAGGAAGGGCAGAUUAAACAUGGAGAUGCGGAUCCAUUCCAAGGUCGCUUCUCUUGUCUUCCAGUUUAUUGGUUACAGUCUAAUCUGAAUGGCAAAAGUGAAGGGAAAAUAUUAAGGCUGCGGUCCCGUGCGCCCUUACUUGAAUUAUCCUCAUUAAAACCCUGCGGCGUUUACUCCCGAGUAAGCAUGCUAGGACCGUGGCGAAAGGCUUAUAGGUUCUCCCUGCCAUGCAUCCUCACAGGGACAGCGGUACUGAACCUAAUUCAGCUGGUGCAUUGCAAUGCAUAGCACACCUAAGACCGGAGCGUGCCCUCGGCUUUAGUACGAAUGGAAAUUGAAUGAAAGGGCGUGGUUGCUGUUUUGCAGCUUUGCUGUUUGCUUAGGGUAAAAAAAAAAGUAAACAAGUCUUAUACUCUUAUCCUGUUGUAUUCAAAUAGGGGUGCAAUCUGGUGUACAAUUGGAUUAUGACUAGGAUUGUGAACUUUUAACAUCAGAGUGUCAGGAACGGUCUGCCGCCGGCGAUGAUCCUAACACCAGGGAGAUCCUACAUAAUUUUAAAACAGUUCCUCUCGUUUGCUCCGAACAGAAUACUGUGCGUCUGAAAUAAACCUAAGCGCAUGGUAUAUCCCGGUGGCGUGGGUGUGUAUGUGUAGCUCAGUGCGGGAGUGGAGAGCUGAAUUAAAUAUGCAGAGUAAAUAGCGGUAGUAUAAUGGAAACAAACAGAAAUAUAAGCCACAUGAAUGUUAUAAUGGGACGUGCAGAUCUGUUUUCAGUGUAUUGCGGCGUGUUCCUGUCUCAAUCCAGGGCGCUCUCGUGGCUGGCUAUUAUUCUUGCGAAACCGUGAUGUACAACGCAGGGAAGAACACCGAGUGCAAUCCUAACCAUUCAGUCACACGAGAAUUGGGCCAUGGCUUUGGGUGGGACUUGGGUCGCGCCCACUUACAGUGAAGGAUGGCUGUCAGGAGAGCAGCGAGGAUGCGAAAAUCCGAGUCCUCAACCGGACCACGGUUGCAUCCAAGCGUUUGGCCCGAUUCCGAUUUUCAGGUCCAGGCAUAUAUUGGUGGCAAUCCUAUGCCCACAGUUAUUCUGGGAGCAAGGCCCUUGGAAUUCAGUGUGACUCGAUCCCGAGCAGACAUGCAAGGCACUGAACUGUAAGACGAGUAACACCCAGAUCUCCAAGCAAAGUGAUCCCGCAUUUGGCCUCAAUUGAUUUUGUUUGCAAGGAAUAUGCUUCGUUAUGUGUUCUGACGGAGCAAUCCUGUGCACACCUACUGGGAAAUAAGAUCCCUUGAACAUAGGCAGCGGGACUCAUUUCCUCCUAGAACAAAAUCCUUUUAGAUUAGGAUCUGAGUUGUUUGGACCACAAUCCAGUUUUGAGUUUGCGGGUCCGGCUGUUCACCAAAGUUUAGCAAGAGUUCAUUGCUCCAGAAAAAGCUAUGAGGGGAUCUGAAUAAUAGUUGGGUGCGUUGUGGUUGGUUGGAUGCAUGCGUUUGCGCGCGCGCGUUAAUUAAUCAAUCCAGAAAUGUGGGCUUUGCAGAGGCUGAAUGGACCUAUUUGUUUGCAGACAAUUUCGAGUGCAAAUAAAUGGCGUGCCAUCUCUCAGGCGUGCCCCCAACGCAAGCCUGAAAAACUUAAGAGCGGCUGUGGUGAACCGCUGCAGCUGGUUCCCUAAUAUCUCCAGGGAUAAAAAGCUUUGGCAAGCAAGCAGCAGAGCGAAAUGCGACCAGAGCCACCUGAGAUACUGAUCAGAAGAGCAGCCCGCAAACCGUUUAAGGAAUGCCAUUUGGGGUGGGAGGGAGCAGCUUCCUUUAUCUAGGACGCCCAAACCGCGGCCUUUAAAGCGCCACUUCUUGAUUUGCAAAGCGCGCCAAUAGGACGCAGCGUCCUGCGGUUCUCAGAAGUUGUGCCUUUAUUUAUUUACCCCAAACCGCCAGGCCGACGCAGCCUGCGCAGGAUCACUUAUUUUCCUUUCCCAUAGUCUCCUUUGAAAUCUUCUGCACACACCGGCAUGCACACUCUCUGUGCCUCCCACAGAUACACACUCUACGAAUAAUACUAAUAAAAAUUGUAUGCGCUUUCUUUUCCACUCAAAUCCUAAAGGCGUGACUUCGUAGAAAUGCGCACUCAACUCCACUACAAUGCAGCACUGAUUUCUUUUUCUUCGAGAGGUUUAUGAUUAUUUCCAAAUAUUGGUGCUGCUUAAAAAUUGUAAAACAGACAGGAGCUCACGUUCGGUGAUAGUAGUAUAUAUUAUUAGCUUAGACUGAAAAUCUGCACACCUAUAGGUUGCUUAAGUAAAUGAUGGUUUGCAGGAGAGCGGUUGUGGGAUUCAGUCGAAUUAGAGCAGGAUUCUAAACGCUUUAUUGCGGACGUGUUUAGGAGGAUGGCUCCCAACCGGUUUCAGUUCCAAUAUUUCUGCUUCCUGGGAUGCAGGAUAAAUAAAUAAACGGGGACACAGAUGGAGGAUGUUCAGAGUUAUGGAUUGCGAAGCAGGAAGGGGAGAAAAGGAAAGGUGGACGAGCAAAGGAAUAAAGGGAAGAGAAAAUUAUAAACUAGGAGGAUGGCUACUGGGAAAUGCGCGGAUGCUGAUCUGGAGGAUAAAGAGGAGAGAAGGAAAAGAAGAAGAAGAAAGAAAUGAGGUUGCUCGUUUUGCCGGAUUCUAGUCCCAGCAAUACAUUCAUAACUGCUUCUUUGUUGCCUUUCAAGGGAGCUUCGUUGUCCUUCUGGCCUGAGCCUUCUCAAACUGGUGUGGAAAAGUAAAAGCAGCCUGGGCGGAACUGGAGCACAGCGGAGUGGAUAUUCUGCAAGUCCGAGGGAGGGCGCAUUUCAGCAAAGUGUGUCACUGAAUCGCAGGUCAAGGUAUGUCCCUGAGAGGGUCCUGAACUACGGGUGCCGGGAGGGCUCCGCCUCGUGGACGCGGACAAGAGUCCUCUGUGCGCAAGGCGCUGGACAGGUGACAUAGGCGGGACCGGCUAGAUGGCUGCGUUGGGACCCUUUCGGUCCACGUGCUUUCAAGCCACACAUUUAUUUCUUGGGAGCCAAAUUAUUUCCCUUGCCUUCUAACUUCCCCUUUUGCUUUUAAAAAUGAACCCAAGUAGGGGAAAAUAUGUGCUUAUAUUAUGGAGUCUGUAUCAGAGGACCGGGCGGGUGGCGAGAGGUGCACUCUUUUGCAGGCAUUUGCUUUCGCUUGCAAAACUCAUACCAAAGGAGCCUCAAAGACUAACUGAAGGGAAUCGAAAACAAAACGCUUUUUGUGUUUUAAGAGUUAGUUUUUAUUCGUCCCCCUCCCAACUUAUUAACAAUGAAGGAGCCGGCACACGGCUUUUAAAUUGCCACUUAAAAAUGAGUUCUAAAGUCACGUAGCCAAGCGAAUGGAGGAAAACAGGAAUAUAGUGUAAGCUGUUCAGUUGUAGUUUUGAUGGGUAAUACAAGAGCGCUCUCCCCCUAAGAUUAAAAAAAACCCUCUGCAAGCAACGCGAUCUGAUUGAUACUGACUCGGAAGCAAAUUCUGAGAUUUACUUCUGUGCCAGUUUUUGUUCCCCCGUAUUGGCUCCCCCGCUCUAAAGCCGCUCCCAAAUACAAUCAAACAACAACAGGAUGAAUGGGACUUGCUCCAAAAUAUAAGCGUCCGUAGGACUGCAGUCACUGACUUGUACUCCUAAACAGCUUCUUUGGGCUCCCAGUGAAAACAGCAGAUACACCAGGCGACAGGACGGUUCCCAAUAAGAAAUACAACAUCUCCAAACCAGGCAUCGUGUGGCCCUCGUUCUAAUCCACACACUUCGGCACCUGAUGUUGUCCUGCUCUUUCUUUCUUUCUUUCUUUCUUUUUCUUUCUUUCUCUUUCUUUCUUUCUUUCUUUCUUUCUUUCUUUCUUUCUUUCUUUCUUUCUUUCUCCCAAUCUUCCCAGCGGAAACGACCGCCUGCAUUUAUAACCUGAAUAACGCGCGGAUGCUAAACAGUUUUCUUUAGAAGACAAUCGCCACUUUCUCUCCCGCUUGUUCGUUCCUACCCAAAUUGGGAUUCUAAACCGUAGUGACUUUUCGUAUCCCAAUCAAAACCUGCGUUUAGGAUCCGGCUGCCCUGUGCUCUUUACAGCCUAACCCCGAACAGGUUGGUUCACCUGGAAGUAAAUCGCAGUGAAAUGAAAUCAAGUCCUGGGUGUAUUAAUCGCCUUUGAAACCAGUUGUUCCUCGUUACAUUAGCUGGUGGGUCUUGCGAGCGGGUUCUGCCAAAGUUUCAACUCAGCGUUAGCUCAGCCAUAGUAAGGCCAAGGAGUAGUAAAUAUUUGCAAGGUGGCACCUGAGGUCGUGCGCCCUUCCUCUUUCAUCCCCCCUACCGCCACACCAGCUGUCAUCACAUGAUGUGUUGUUUGUUUGUUUGCAUGUUUUCAACCCCGCCCCUGUAUUGCAAUAGCAAUUCUUUCUCGUCCCCUUUCCUGGGAACUGCGCCCCACGAUUUUCAAUGAAGGCAAAUCAUUGCCUUUACCUCCUUCAUCAGAAUUCGCCACGUUCAUGGAGAGAGAGAGAGAGAAAGAAAGAAAGAAAGAAAGAAAGACAGACAGACAGACAGACAGACAGACAGACAGAGAAUCCUUAUAGGGAAAGAUCAUAAUGCCGACAUAUUUCUUAUAGCUGCAUAUUUAUAUCCCGCUCUUCUCUCAGAUGCGCUCCAUUCGUCACACGCCCAGCUUCUUUGGAUUCCCUUCCACUGCAGACGGACUUCGAGUCAUUCGCGGGUCGGGGCAGCGAGAGUGGCAACGGAACAGUCUGCUUCCCAGCUCGACCGGAGGGGCUGGAUGGAUUUAAAGGCUGUCCUGUGACUCCAGCGGGUUUGUGGUUUGCAUCUCCUCCUAUUAAACCGAUUAGAGGCAAGCCAGGAGAAACGGUUGGCUUAAAACGCCACAGAAACAAGUUUCACUGA